AUGGCUCCCCUGCCCCGCUCGGCGCGCCUCCUUCGAUCCGCCGUCGGGCGGCUGAGGUCGCCACCGCCGGCCCGGGCCUUCUCCAGCGCCGCGGCGACCGAGACGGGGUUGGGGAACGGACGCGAGGCCGUGAUCGCCGCCGCCGCCGUGGCGGUGGCUGGGACCGGGCUCGGGCUGUGGCUGAAACCGCCGUCGCUUGCCGACUCCGGCGAGGCGCCCGGCGGUCAGAUCUCGGUCGCCGGCGCUGGCGCCGGCGCCACCGAGGCGCGGGAGGAGAAGGGAUGGUUCCUGUUCGCAGACUCAUUCCGCAGAAGGGUGUUCUUUAACUAUGAGAAGAGGAUACGGCUUCUCAGCCCUCCUGAGAAGAUCUUUGAGUACUUCGCAUCUGUGAGGAACCCAGAAGGGGAAGUUUACAUGUUGCCUGCUGACUUGAUGAGAGCAGUAGUCCCUGUUUUUCCUCCAUCAGAAUCCACCAUAGUUCGUGAAGGAAGAUUAAGGGGGGAGCGGAGCCCUGGAGAGUUGCAUUGUGCUCCAUCGGAGUUCUUUAUGCUGUUCGACACAAAUAGUGACGGUCUCAUCUCCUUUGCCGAGUACAUCUUUUUUGUGACAUUGCUCAGCAUUCCUGAGUCAAAUUUCACUGCGACCUUCAAAAUGUUCGACGUUGACCACAGCGGGGUGAUAGACAGAGAAGAGUUUAAGAAAGUAAUGGCACUGAUGCGGUCCUUUAACAGACAAGGGUCCACUCAUAAGGAUGGUUUACGUAUUGGACUUAAAGUUGGCCAGCCUGUGGAAAAUGGUGGGGUGGUUGAGUACUUCUUUGGGAGUGAUGGGAAUGAACCUCUACACUGUGACAAGUUUUCAAAAUUUUUGAAGGAAUUGCAUGACGAGAUUAUUAGACUGGAGUUCAGUCAUUAUGCUGUCAAGUUGUCUAAAACAAUACCAGCAAAGGAUUUUGCAUUGUCCAUGGUUGCUUCUGCUGACAUGAACCACAUCAACAAGCUGCUCGAUAGAGUUGAUAGUUUGGUCAAGGAGCCAGAUCUGAAGGACAUACACAUCACCUUUGAGGAGUUUAAGGCAUUUGCUGACUUGCGACGAAGAUUGGAGCCACUGUCGAUGGCUAUCUUCGCUUACAGGAAAGUGAAUGGGUUAUUGACAAAGGAGGAUCUAAAACGUGCGGCGCAACACGUUUGUGGGGUCGACUUAACUGAUAGAGUGGUAGACAUCAUUUUCCAUGUAUUCGACGCAAAUCAGGAUGGGAACCUGAGCUCGGAAGAGUUCUUAAGAGCAUUGCAAAGAAGAGAAACUGAUAUUCGUCAACCAACAAUACCAGGUCCAUUGGGGUUCUUGUCUUGCUGGUUCAGCGGUAGGAAGUGUUCUUCACUUCAACAGGCGCAGAAGGUAAUCACCAAGCAGUGCAUUGCUGAUCGUUACAACGACUUUGCUGUAUAUGUCGUCUUGGUGGCCGAAGCUUGCCUAGCAGUAGCAGCUGUAAUUGUAAAUAGUGUCCUGUGCAGCCCUAGGACUGAGUGA